UUAAAGAUCGCAUAAAUUGCUAAAGAUGAAUUGAGGAUAUCUGCGUAAUAUGUUCAAUUAACGAAUAAACCGGAGAGCUGUUCUUUUUCAAACGUACAUACAAAGGUUAAAAAAUGCAUUCGGUGGGUAUACACUCCGCCAUGGCGAUUAAGCGGCAACGCAAACGUCGUGAUGAGCAGAAGAGAGCCAAGGAGCGGCGGUAUAGCACCCAAAGCUCGGAGAGCGGAGAAACUUUUCAUUCGCCGAGCGGAUCUGUGAGACGUAAAUAUAACCAUCCCCAUCAUACGGUCAAAGCCGGGCCAGGAAUGUUGGAUACCCAGGUCGUAUCAAGUAUCGGAAUGCUGCACAUUGGCAUUGUAUUUAUUGUUUUUGGAGUUUUCUUAUGUGGCGCUGGCAUUAUUCCAGAUGAGGCCAUGUCCUGGAACGUAUUUAGCUCCAGUUCUGCUUGGUGGAAUGAGGUCACAUGCACGGGCCUUUUUUCCUUCGGCUUAGGCUUAUUCCUGUUGAUUCUAAACUGUGUAAUAAGCCGAAAAGAGGAAGAGGAUCUGGAAGACUAUGUGCAACGGCAGCUAACAAGAUCGCGUUCAGGACAUCGACUGGAGCGCGAUGUAGAAACUGGAGUAUUAACUACACGACAUGCGCGAAAAGCUGUCGCCUUGCAGAAAAACGGACGGAAUGGCUCGGCCUCACCAACAGAUGUCGCGGUCGUACAUUGUAGCUCUACGGAAAAUAUAUCUAAUGGUCAGAUAGUAGGGCGUAAUGGUCUAAAUAAUUCCGGCGAUAUACUGCUCGAGAAAAUUGUGGAGGAGGACACACCGUACUUGAAUGAUCACAGUACGGCAAUUUCGCCAAUUGAAAUAGAAAAUGAUACCAAACAACUUCUAAGAAGGGAAUCAAUAACAGAUGCAAUCAAUAUAACGCGCAUAUAAAAUUUAGACACAUACAAAAGCUAUUUUUUCGAAUUAUUAAUGUUACUGUUUAAACAAUCUAUUUAAAAUUUCCAAUAGCUCUAAGUAUA